AUGUCAACCACAUCUGCAUCAUCAGAUUCUUCAUCUGGUGCAACUCCAACAUCAAACCAAGGUGAACAAAUUCCAAGUUUUACAAAUCUUGCCAAUCUAAUUUCUAUCAAAUUAGAUGGUGAAAAUUAUCUAGCGUGGAAACAUCAUAUAGUCACAAUACUUAAGACUAUGGGACUUUUAUCUUACUUAAAGAAGGAUGUCUCUCCUCCUGCAGAAGACUCUGCUAAUCGAGCCCACUGGGAGAAGGCAUACAGUUAUGUCUAUGCUUGCUUGAAUGCAACAUUAUCUCCUUCAAUUGCUCACAUCGCAAUAGGUACUUCAUCAGCCUCUGAAUUACGGUUUGUUAUAGAAGAAACAUAUUUUCAACAACUUUUUGCCAAACAAAUGCAACUAAGAACAGAAUUUCAAAUAAUGAAAAAAAUGACCUUUCAAUUACAAGCUAACUAUGACAAAGCUAAACAGCUGGCUGAUUCAUUAAAGGCAGUCGGUGAUCCAAUCACCGACUCGUCACUUGUUCUACAAACUUUACACGGGUUGAAUGAUAACUUCACUCCAAUCCAACUAAAUAUUGAAAGCAGCAACGUAUUACCAACAUUUCAUCAAGUGAAAUCAAAACUACUCACGUAUGAGGGUCGACUAAGCCAACAAGAAAUUCACAACAUACUUGUUAGUGCGAUGGCAGCUAUGACUAUGAAACCACCACAUCAGGGAAACCCCGAUCGCUCAAGCCCCGAUCGCUCGGUCAUCUGUCAAAUAUGUGAUAAAGUUGGCCAUCGAGCAAAUAAUUGCUACCAACUUCGAUAUCCUCAAUCGCAGAAUUAUCGAGGAGGUGGUAGUUGCGGCCGUUGGCGUGGUGGAAAUAGGCGUGGUGGUCGGAAUAAUGGAAAUCACUGGAGCGGUAGUCAAUUUUCCUCUGGUUGUGCUUGGUCUAACAAAAAAUCUCCUAUCUAUUACACAACUUGUCAUUGA